GAGCCGGGUUAGGGCACUGCCAGCCGGCGUCGGCUCCGUUUUGAGGCUGUUCCCCGGCUUAUUGGAUAAGUGGUGCUGCUAACCAUGUCCCGGCCCUGGUUGGGAAACCCACAGAGCUCAGGGCAAGGGUCGAAGGACCAAAAAUAAUCCCUGUUUAUUUUUGCAAUGGACUCCAGCUAUUUGCUAAUGAGUGUUUUGGAUCAUGACUCGGUGUGUUCAGAACGUGCCAGUGUUUAAUUUUUUUUUUUUUUUUAAGGACGUUCCCAGGUGGGCAGCGUGGCUGGGGAGGCAGCGGGCUGGGGGUGAGGGAUCCCAAGGGUUGUGUAACCCUGGCAUGCCUCCUGCCCUCGCCCUGCUCCGAGGGCAAGGUUUUCCCACCUCUCAGCCCGGAAGAGGAGAGGUAGCAAAGACCUAACAGCCAGCUAUUCUCUCUUCUGCCUUAUUUCCCUCCCCUCUGCCCCAAAAGCCAACAGCCCAGCAAAAAAAAAAAAAAGAAAGGAGAAGCCCAAGCCCCUCUGGACUUGGGUGGAUUUUUCCCCCAGGAGCCAGGCUUUGGUGGAGUUGUUCUGCUCCAGAACAACUGCCAGAGCCAGCCUCGGCAGAGGGGCCGGGAAUUGGCAAAACCACCGUGGGCACUGGUGUCUGCUGUGUGUCCUUGUGACAGUCCCUGAGGUCAGAGCUGGGAGCCUGUUCGAUAAAACGUGCUUUUAGUUCUCAGUAGUGAAAUAGAAGUCCUCAGCUCUGUCCUUGCCUUUUCAUUGCAGCAGCGCUGAGUUCUUGCAUGCUAACAAAAAGAAAAAAACCCAAACCCCAGUGAGUUGUGUCCUGUGAGCACUGCAGCAGAAUUCUGCCGCAUUGACAAGCCCUUGUGCCAUGAUGAAGAUGAGCAGCUCAGCUUUGAAGCUGUCCGCAACAUCCACAAGCAGAUGGAUGAUGAUGCCAAUGGCAACGUGGACGUAGAGGAGAGCGAUGAGUUCUUGAGGGAGGACUUGAAUUAUCAUGACCCAACAGUCAAGCACAGCACCUUCCAUGGAGAAGACAAGCUCAUUAGCGUGGAAGAUCUCUGGAAGGCCUGGAAGACUUCUGAAGUGUAUAAUUGGACAGUUGACGAGGUGGUUCAGUGGCUCAUUACCUACGUAGAGCUGCCACAGUACGAAGAGACCUUCAGAAAGUUACAGCUGAGUGGACAUGCCAUGCCCAGGCUAGCAGUGAACAACGCUACCAUGAUGGGAAGUGUUCUGAAAAUGACAGAUCGAAGCCACAGGCAGAAGCUGCAGCUGAAAGCUCUGGACACAGUGCUUUUUGGGCCUCCUCUCCUAACUCGUCACAACCACCUGAAGGACUUCAUGCUGGUGGUGUCCAUCGUCAUCGGAGUGGGUGGCUGCUGGUUUGCCUACAUCCAGAAUCGUUAUUCAAAGGAGCACAUGAAGAAGAUGAUGAAAGACCUCGAGGGACUUCACAGAGCUGAACAGUCUCUCCAUGACCUUCAAGAAAGACUGCAGAAAGCUCAGGAGGAGCAUCGCUCUGUGGAGGUGGAGAAGGUGCACCUAGAGAAGAAACUGCAAGACGAGAUCAGCAUUGCCAAGCAGGAGGCACAUCGGCUCCGAGAACUGCGGGAGGGCACAGAGAAUGAACUGAGCAGGCAGAAAUACGCUGAGCAAGAACUGGAGCAGGUGCGGAUGGCACUCAAGAACGCUGAGAAGGAGCUGGAGUCCCACUGCAGCUGGGCUGCGCCCGAGGCCCUGCAGAAGUGGCUCCAGCUGACCCACGAGGUGGAGGUCCAGUACUACAACAUCAAGAAACAGAAUGCGGAGAAGCAGCUGCUGGUGGCCAAGGAAGGGGCUGAAAAAAUCAAAAAGAAGCGAAACACCCUGUUUGGAACAUUUCAUGUUGCUCACAGCUCAUCUCUAGAUGAUGUUGAUCAUAAAAUCUUAACUGCAAAGCAAGCGCUGAGCGAAGUGACGGCUGCGCUGCGGGAGCGCCUGCAUCGCUGGCAGCAGAUAGAGCUGCUCUGCGGCUUCCAGAUCGUCAACAACCCGGGCAUCCACACCCUGGCAUCAGCCCUUAACAUUGACCCCAGCUGGAUGGGCACUCCGCGGCCUAACCCCUCACACUUCAUCAUGACUGAUGAUGUGGACGAUUUGGAUGAAGAGAUCGUGUCUCCCAUGUCCAUACAAUCUCCUGCCUUGCCCAGCACAGUUCGUCAGCGCCUGGUGGACCCACAGCACGCCCAUGGAUCUCAGAGAGACUUAACUCACUGCGACUCCGACUCCUCCAUCCCGCACCUGAGCGACCACCAGCGUAUCCCCAGCUCUGCGCCCAAGCUCCUGGCUGCCCGGCCCAACCUGCUGACCAGGUCCAUCGAGGAGGCUGCCCCCGGCCACCCUGCCGUCGGCGCGCCCACCCCCAACGGCGGCAGCAGGCACGCGGAGGCCUCUGCCCUGGGGGCUUUGCCGGAGCGGCUGCCCGAGAGCCCCAUGGUGAUGAAGAAGAUGAUGAUGGUGAACCACGGCAUGGAGAAGUCCUCCAGCCUGGGGGAGAUCGGCCACCCGACAGCCACCAAGCACACCCACUCGGAUUCCUCCCGCUCCCACAGCCCCAGCUCCACCGACCCCGACACCCCCUCCCCCAUCUCUGACUGCCGGCCCGGCAGUGCCAAGAGCACCCGCAUCCCGCAGCUGGCUGCCAAGAAGAGCCCGGGGGACGAGGACAGCAGCUUGACAGGCGAUGAGGUUGACCUCGGCCAGAGCAAGAAAAAGUUCCCCCUAAAGAUCUUCAAGAAGCCCAAGAAGUAGAGAGAGGAGGGGGGGAAGAGGAAACCCACCCAGGAGCGCGACCCACUGGGACCGGGGGGCGGCCGUGCAUCGGGAACGCAGCGCACCUGCCCGUCCCGGACCCUGCGGGCUCGGGUGCUGGCCAGCACCCGCCGCCCUCCCCUCCACACCCUCGUUUCUGAGUCGCCUCACCUAACACCGGCAGCGGGAGGAGCUAUUUAAACUUAUUUAUUUCCUAAUCUCUGAGAAAAAAAAAAAAAAAAAAAUGACGACGACGACCGCUCCCCCCAAAGAGAACAGCCGCCCUUUCUCCCCUUCCGACUGCUGCAGUCCCUGGCUUUGCUGUGCAUGGCUUCCAGUUACUCCUGCCUCUGCUCAGCCACACGGCAUUUGGGUUUGGUUUCAACGUGGUUUUAUUUUUUUAUUUUAUUUUUUAUUAUUAUUAAUUUUUUUGUCCGGUUCUUCUGCCUCUUCCAACUUUUGCACAGGCUGUAUGGAAGGUCGGGGCGGUGGGAGCCCGCUGGGGAGCGGGGCCAGCUGCUCCCUGAGGAGGCAGCACGCUCCCCACUCGGCUCUUGGGGUGACUCAGGUGCGAGAGUUCGGGCGAGCUGCCUCGCGGACGUUGCAGCGGUUCUCUCCUCAUUUCUGUGAGUCACUUUUCUACACCCCGGCCCCCAUCGCUAUGAUGGUUGGGAGGGGGAAUCCCUGUUUGUGCGCUCUUGAUAAGCAAGAGCAAGUUAAACGCCCUUGCGAGGGAGGGCUCUGCCCUUGCCGGUACUCGUGCAUCCAGGAGCUCAGCCCGCAGCGUGCCCUCGACCCGCUUCCCGCUUGCGCCGGAGGCGGCUGCAGCCUGCUGGGUUUCCCCAGUGGGACGGGGCUGCCCACCCAGCUGCUCUGCCCAGCCGGACAUGGCGCUGCCGGAGGCGUGCGCUGGGCUGGGAGCUGCUGCCGGAGCAGCACCAGUGUCUGUACGUGGCAGUGGGGUGGGUUGGACGCUGGGCCGGCUGCUCCAGCACGGAGAAGCCCGCGGCUGCCCCCGUCUUUACUCCCCCCCCAGGCCCCUGGACGUGCCGGGGGGAGCAGGGCCAGAGGCAGCUCCUCCAAACCCAGAUAUGUCCCAGGGGGCAUGGCUCGGUGGGGCAAGGAGCGGGGACCCCGGUGAUGGAGGAGCACCGAGGGGUGUUGGGUGCAGAGCCGGGUCCAGCUACCACGUCCACACAAAGAGGAAGGGGGGUCCCGGCUGCACGGCUGUCCCCUGUCCCCGUGUCCCGGUUUGGCAGGGCCAGAGGGAGGGAGCGGGGCACAGCAGGGUUGGCCAGGCACAGGCAGGCUGUACGUGGGUGGCAGGAGCCUGAAGAUGUCCUCCCUCUCUCCUGGCUCCAUCUCUCUGAAGCAGGCUUGCCCUCAGGUCGGGUGCCGCGGGCUCUGCACCCUCCCCCAGCACCCAGGGGACGGAGGAGGCUCACCCGGGCACCCGCUGCCCUCAAAGUCCGUGCGGGCAGCGUCCUCCCUGCCCCGAGGCCACGCUCGCUCCAGCCGGAGGCUGGGGUCUGCAUGACUGUGCCAGCCCAUGGCCCGAGCCCUGCC